ACUGACCUCUAGUGGCAUGGACCUGCUAAGCUGGCUAGCGCAGCAUGCAUGCGGCAUACUGCAGACUGGAACACCAUGGCGGCCUCCACGGUUAAAAAUGUGGAACUUGGGUUCGUUGAAAAAUCACCUACGUUGCGUUUGAUCAGUCAAUUUUUCCCAAGUAAAGUAGGUGGUAAACCAGCAUGGCUGGAUCUGAAGGAAAUACCUCAAUCAAAAGAAUUAAACUGUCCGAUUUGCAGAAAGACAAUGGCAUUUCUCCUGCAAAUAUACUGUCCACCGGGCGAAGAGGACGAACUGACGCCGCCGAACACCCGGCAGAAAUGUUUCCACCGUUCGCUGUACGUCUUCUGCUGCAGGGAAGCUUCCUGUCAUCAAACAAGUAACUCUGAAGACCACAACAUUCCAUUCAUAAUUCUUCGAUGUCAGCUAGAUAGGAGAAACGAGUUCUACAGUUAUGAACCGCCAGACGAAGACAAUGAAGUUGCUGAAAGUGAUAUCAUUUCUCCUAAGAAAUUUGGAGUUAUGUUGUGUGAACUUUGUGGGUGCAAUGCAGGCAAUAUGAAAUGUGGCAGAUGUCAAAGGGUAACAUACUGUUGCAAAGAUCACCAGGUUCUGGAUUGGAAGAUGGGUCACAAGGCAACAUGUGGCAAGGAACUGGGUCCCAAUUUUGAAGAUAUUUCAGCUGAAAAUAAAUUCCUCUUCCCGGAGUUUGAGCUUGUAACAGAGCCAGAAAGUGAGGAGAGUGUUGCAGAAGAAGAAGACGAGAGUGUACAGAAGGGCUCAAGCAAUGAACAUCUUACUCUUAAACAAACUGGUGCAAGUCUGAUGAAAAUUGCUGACGAAUUUGAUAGAAAUCAUGAUAUGCGCAGGAAGGAUCUUGAUAGAAUGGCUAGGGAAUUUGAUAGAAAUGAUGAUAUGAGCAUCAAGGAUCUUGAUAGCAUGGCUAGGAAGGAGACAGAAGAUGAUGUACAGUUCAGGACCUUUAAGGAGAGGAUUGCACACAAUCCAGAUCAGGUUCUACGGUAUGAGAAGGGAGGAGUGCCUCUAUAUGUAUCUGCAUGUGACCAACCAAGAGUCGAGGACAUUAUGCUUUGUACUUGUGGGGCAAAAAGACGUUUUGAAUUUCAGAUCAUGCCCCAGCUCCUGACUCAUCUUGAUGUAGAUAGUCUUGAUGCAAGCAUUGAUUGGGGGACUCUGCUGAUCUAUACUUGCUCAAAGAGCUGUACAGAAGGACAUCCGUACCAUCCAGAAUUCUUAUGGAAGCAAGACUAUCACAACUCAUCUAUCUCGUGAGCUGUGUCCACAUGUGAUGCAAUAAACUGCCUCAAAAACAAACUCUUACAGCAGUUUACAAACCUACUACAUGUAUGUGUAAAUGAAUUUGAUAUGCAGGUAAAAAAUAAAAAUAAAUAUAAAUGUGCACAACUUAGGCCCCAACAUGAUCUGUAAUUGUUUCCAGAAACAGUUUAUGGUGUGUAUUGCAUAAUGCUAAGAUUUAAAAAAUUGUAAGAUUUAGAUUUAGAGAGUAAACGGUUUCCCUUGCAAAGCUAGGACACUGCUAAGGUUUAAAUUUUUCAGAUGAGACAUAUGUUACAUAUUCACGACUCCUGCAAAGUUCUACAGAAUGUGAUGUUGGCUUCAAAAGGAAUACACUACCUUUGAGACAUGAAGUGGAGCUUUGAAAUGAAAUGAUGCAUUAUUUAACUUCAAGGGAGUGUAGCCUGUCUCUGGGCCAAUCAGGUAUAAUACGAAAUAAAAUAAGUCUAUUCGUUUACGUGCAGUUUUCCAAAAGAAGACAUAGAUGUUGUUCACCAGUAUAUGCCAAGCUACACUCCCUUUAACAUAAUUGACAACAUGGCUAUUAAGUAUGGAUGUAUUAAGUGCUUUCGUAAAUGCAGCUCUACAUAUAAGAAAUAUCUAGUCAACUCGAAAUAACGCAACUUCUGAACAUCCAUUAUAUCAUCAAAGCAUAUACAUGUAUUUAUUACUCUGUACAAAUCUACAUGUAUUACAAAAUCGUUAGUUACAAAUGAUUCCCUUGUACAAAAAAAAGGAUAAGUCUCAACUGUCUAGUAAAUUUAAAUUUAAAUUUAAAAAAAAAAUAACAUAGAUAAUGAAUACAAUUUAGACAUUGGUUUGUACAUUGACUGACACAUAGACCAAGGCACACAUACAUCUGAAAUAAUGAGAUGUGUUUGUUCAAUCGUCAUGUUGUGAAAAAACAUUCAUGCACACAUUUUUUUUUUUUUAAGCUGAUAUAACCUACUAUAAUCCAAUGUGUUGUUUCUGGUACAUGUUCAAUGAACUUGCUUCCUCAUUAAAGUUAAUUAAUACCAA